AUGAGAAAUAUAUUGAGACCUUUAGAUCUCAAAGUACAACCUGUGCAGUUCCAGGAAAGGCACAAGGUUCUGGAAAAACUGUACAAGCAAUUAGAAAGAUGUAAAAAGAAAGCGACAAAGGAUUCACUGAUCAAACUGUCAACUAAUUUGGAAGCGUCGGUGGCUAAGCGUAGCUCCUCUUCCCAAAGCUAUAAAUUCAACAUGAGUGUUGUUCUUCGUGAUUUGUUGAAGUAUAAAGGAGAUCUAAGCAAGAUUACUAUCGCGGGAAAGCUGUUAAGACCAACUAAAAAGGUAGAAGGUGCUACCAAAAGUAAAGAUGAUGUUAUGAAAGCGUUAAGGUCGUUAUUAGUUGAUGUAGAUCUGUUAAAGAAGCAUGGGUACAUAAUGUCAGAACAAGAAACAACGGAUGAAAAUUCGGAACCAAUUUACAGGGUAUGUGCUAGAUGUAACACGAAAUUUGAACAGGAUAAAAUAUUAGAAAAGACACUUUGUACCUACCAUCCAAUGAAGAAACAAUACAAUCGCGAAACAAAAAUGUAUGUUUAUCCAUGUUGUGGUGAGACCACAUCCUCGACAUCAUUCUUAAGACUGGGAUGUAAAAAUUUCGAGUAUCAUGUGUUUAAGGGAGAAAAGUACUGUGAUUUGAGGAAAAUAUCAGAAUUUCUGACGACAGAAAAAUUUGAAGGUAACGAAAAUGUACUCUCUUUAGAUUGUGAAAUGGCGUUCACCACUAUGGGGUUUGAAAUGAUCAGAUUGACCAUUAUUGAUUUCUUCACGUCCCAGAUAAUAUUCAACGAAAUAAUCAAACCAAUGGGAAAAGUUAUUGAUCUAAAUUCUGACUUCAGUGGUGUUCAUGUAAUUCCAGGAGAUUCUCUAACAUUUAAUGGGACUAUGGAGAAGAUACUUCGCCCUGACUUAAUUAACAAGAACUCUAUCUUGAUUGGGCAUGGCUUUGAAAAUGAUCUGAACGUGAUGAGAAUAAUUCAUAAUAGGAUUAUUGACACGGCAAUAUUAUAUUCUAAUGGCAGGCUCAAAAUGUCCUUGAAAAACUUAACUUUCGAGGUCUUGAGUGAGAAAAUUCAGACUGGAGAGCACGACAGUACAGAAGAUGCUCUUGCUACGAUGAACAUAAUAAAAAAGAAGCUUGGGAUAUCGCUGGACCAGAUUAAGUGGGAUGGUAUUGAACAGAAGUAA